AUGUGGCUCAAGGAUGGUGGCAGCGUCUCUCCCCGGGAUUUCAAGAGCUUUGUUGGCCGCUGCUGGUUCCAAUUUGCCGGAUACGAUCAGCACGACUCGCAGGAGUUCCUGCAGUAUCUGCUGGAUGGCCUGCACGAGGACCUGAACCGCAUCGAGAACAAGCCCUUCGUGGAGAACCCCUCCUACACUGGCCAGCCUGAUGAGGAGCUGGCAGCUGCCUUCCUCGAGGCCUAUGAGAAGCGCAACAAGUCCGCCAUCAUGGAUCUCUUCCAGGGGCAGUACAAGUCGGAAAUCGUCUGCAACACCUGCCAUCAGAAGUCCAUCACCUUCGAUCCGUACAUUUCCCUCUCGGUGCCGGUCGUGUCCUUCUCGGUGCCGGUUUGUGUUGUCAAGCGUCGGCCAAUCAUCGAGGAGUUCCUUCACGACAAUAUUCCCGGUGACACGCCCGAUUUCACGGCUUUCCGGUAUUGCGGGGAUCUCGACUCGCAGCCCAGCGAGCAGGCUGUCAUUCAAAAGUUGAGCCUUACGUUCACAACGAGUCCCACAGUGGCCGAUGUGCUGGAGCGUGUGGCCCGUCUCUCGCCUCAGACUCCGGGGACCCACUUUGUGGCCUUCUCUGCGACAUCGGUCCAUGUGAAGGAUAUGCUCCUCAUGUCGGACCCGUUCGACUGCAAUGACACCAUGGUCAUCACCAUAGAUACUUCAGGGUCCCUCCGCCUCGUGGAUUACUCCCCGUCGCCCACCUCUUCGUCGCCUUCCGCUUCCUCCUCUUCAUCGGACGAGCUGCUGGACGUGGUGACCAUUUCCCACUCGAACUCCCCGACCACCUCCGCCGCUGCCGCCGUCUGCUUGGCCCCGGCCCUGACGUCGGACCGUUCGCCCUCCUCGUCGCCCGCUGCUAGCUCGUCGCAUCUGGACGAAUUCAUUUCCAUCACCGGCUCCUCUUCCUCUUCUUCCUGCGCCCCCUCGCCUUCGGACUCCCCCCCCUGUGUGGACGACACGUUGGACCGUCACAUUCGCGGCACUAGCCCCGAUUCGAGUCAGCACUUCGUGGUUCUUCCUCGGCCUUCCGGUGGCCUGCUCAGUUCCAAGCGCCGGCGCUUGAGCUCCGAAUCUCUCCAGGACCUGGACCCGGUGUCCCUUUCGCCCUCGGUCGAUCCGCUCUCCUCCCCCUCGGCUGCCUCCUCGCCAGUCCUCACUUCGCCCGGCAGCAGUCCGCUUCUCAUCGACAGCGACACCAUCCUUCCCGAAGAGGACUCCUCUUGGUGCCCUCCUUCUUCUGGUUCCGGCUCUUCGUCCGGCUUUUCCACCUCUCACAGCAGCGGCUCUGCCUCGGAUUCGGCGGGCGUUCUCUCCCUCUCGGAUUCGGACGGCUCCGAUUGUCACCUCUCCCCCGGGGCGCCCCUCUCGCCGUUUUCCCACGCCGACGUCCACAUCGGCAGCGACAUCGACAUCGACAUCGACCCAUCAACCAUGUCCACCAAGGUCGUGUAUGUGUCGGACCUGAAGGCUUUCCGCGACUCCGCCGGAAGUGCCAAGGUCAUGUUCAUCAAGGAGGGUACUUCCUCCUUCGAGGUCAAGAAGAAGCCGGCGCCCUUCCAGGCCGUCAUUUUUGAGGACAAGGCUGAGAACUCCGUGCAUAUUCUGUUCCGCUUCCCGAAGCUUGCGCCGGCCACUUUCCGGAUGUCUCCCAUCCCCUCGAAGCCCCUUACCUUCACCUUCUCCAGUGGCUCGGCAUUUGAGUAUGAUCCUCCGAGCCCCGAUCCGGUGGUCGAAGACCCCCCUGCCGCCCCCUCGGCGCCGGAGGUGUCGGCUCCUCAGCCGGCGGCCAUCCCGGCGGCCACCUCCGCCUCAACCUCGACGGCCUUGUCCACGGUGGCUCCGGUGUCGGCCUUCCCCGGCUUCGGCUCCACCUCCAGCGAGUAUGGUCCGUCAUAUGCUUUGCCUGGCGGCCCGGAGGAUGACCGUGGUCCUUCGCGGCUGAUUGGCUUCCGGCCAAUGGAGACCUAUCUGGACACGGCCAUCGAAAACUUCCGCCGUGUCAAUCCAUGUGGUCUCAGCAACUUGGGCAACACCUGCUUCAUGAACAGCAUCCUCCAGGGUCUCGCUGCCGUGGAGCCGCUGGUCAACUUCUUCCUCACCCACGAUCAGAUCUUCUUCCCCAUUUCCAUGAAGAUGGCUCGGACGCAAUAUCCUCCGCUGGUUCUGUGCCUGGAGAAGUCCCGCGCACAGGACCCCAUCCAUGGGCACAGCUACGUCCUGCUGAACUUGCAUUCUUUCCUGUCGUCGAUCAUCUUCCGUGGCACCACCUCGGACCCGCCCCAGUACUCGGGCUUUUCGAGUUUCUCUCGUCCCUCGGAGGUCAAGUACUCGGUUUCCCUCCCCCGUGAGCAGAGGGAUCAGAUUGACUUACACAAUAACUAUUUCCAGCUUGUCGCCAAAAGCAUCGUCACAAGCUGCGAGAAGGUUACUGCGGCCACGCUCAAGCAGGAGUUCGGCCUGGACGCCCCGACUUCGGCCGGGGCUUCCACCAUGUCCGACACCUCGACGCCGUUUGCUCUGGAUGCCAGCUCCCCCUCUAUGAAUGACUCCACCCUGACGGCGUCGCUCUAUUCCUCCUCGACGCAGGAGCAUGGGGGUGCCUUUGGUCCGGCCUCCGGUGCGCCGACCGAGCUCAGCCUCCGGACGACCCCCUCGCAGCAAAGCAUCCUCCACGAGGAAGCCGAGAAGGAGGACGAGGAGGAGGAGGACGAGCAAGCCCUCGAUCAUCCAGAGGACGAGAUCCCCCUCAAGGGCCAGCAGGGCAAGCAGCACCAUCGGCAGGAGUCCGAGAGGGAUGCCCUCGCCGCGGAAGCCAUCAAGGCCGACCUUGACGUUGAGCAGGAGCAGGAGGACGAGGAGGAUGACGCUGUGGCAGCGCCAUUCCAUACGCUGGAGGACAUCUGCCGGCAGAAGCUCUCUUUCCAAUUCAGGUCCGGCGAGUCGGCGGUCGAGCCCAACUGGUGGUGUGUUCCCACCUACAGCAUCCGCCAGGGUGACACCCUCUACCUGCAGGCCGCUCGCAUGGGGGCCUGCUUCAUUCCGCUUGUUGUGGUGCCUCCGAGCUACUUCAAUGUCCAGCUCAACUUCAUCGACAUGCAGAGCUCCACCCAUCAUGGCAUCACCAUCGUCCGUGACACGGCCACUCCGAGCCUGACGCUCCUCAGCUGCAUCGAGCGCUUCUCCGAGCUGGAGACCCUGCAAAAUGACAACGAGUGGUACUGCCCCAACUGCAAGACCCACCGCCGGGCGCACAAGCGCCUCAGCCUCUGGAGCGUGCCAGAUGUGCUGAUCAUCCAUCUGAAGCGCUUCAAGACCACGCACUAUGGCCACUCCUCCAAGACCACCACCCUGGUGGAUUACCCGUACGAGGGCCUGGACUUGCGGCCGUACAUCGGCCAGACACUGGCCGGGGUCGGCCCCGACCCGGGGCUCUACGACCUUGUGGCUGUGUCCAAUCACACCGGAUCCCUGUAUGGCGGGCACUACACAGCCACAUGCCGCGUCCCGGUGGCCGAUGGUGCCAAUGGCCCGGGCCCGGGCCCGGGCCCGGGCAAGGAGGCUACCGGCGACCUGGCCGGCGACCUGGCCGAUGAGGACUUCGAGGAUCUGGCCGAUGACCAGCCCCUCUGGCGGCCUCAGGCCCACCAGCAGCCGGCCACCCUGGCGACCACGUCUCGGCCGGAUGCCCAGCAGCCUGGGGUGUGGUUUGAGUUUGAUGAUAGCUCGGCCCGGCCGGAGACGCGAUUCUGCCAGCGCGAGGCAUAUGUCCUGAUUUACCAGCGCCGCGGGGCGUCGGCCGAGCUGCCAGACCACUUUCAGCCCAAGCCCUCGGAGUAUGUGCGGAUGGUCUUGGUGUUGGAUAUGAUCUACCGGCGCCUUGUGCCGCCGGCGCCGUCGGCUUUGGUGGUGGCUACCACCAUGGAGGCUAUGUCGGCCUCGGGGGCAGCCUCGGGGAUGAUGAUGACGAUGACGACGGAGCCGACCUCGACGGCGGCCACGAUGGGGGAGAUGCCACUCCCCGACUCGCCCGGCUGGAGGAACUUCCUCCCCCUCCCUACCCUGGGAUCGGGGGCGGCCCUUUCCACCACCACCAGCACCACCAGUGAUCUCGACGAUGCCGGUCUCUUGGGCACCCUGCUGGCGGCAAUGGGUCGAUGGUGGCCGUAUGCCGAUCGGGGGCGCGCUUCCGGCCGGGGCUCCUCCGGCAUUGGUGAUAGCAGCCGGUCCUUUCGGAUCGGCAAUCCCCUUGCCGGGGCCGGGGCCAAUGGCGGCCCUGGCACGGGCGGCGGAGACGCCGCCUCCCCCGAGCUCCUUCCCCGGCCGGUCACCUUUCGCUCGGGACGCCACCGCCCGGACCUUUCCGCUUCUUCGUCUGCGGCCUCUUCCUCUGCUUCCUCUUCCUUCGCUUUUUCUUCUUCAUUCCCCAAUGCCGGAGGCCACACGUCGGACCCGCGAUUGAGCAGUCCCGGUGGCGAUUGGUCAAGCCCGGCCGGUGUGGGGCGCGCGCGCGUUGUCCUCACGCUGCUGGCCCACUUGGCCCGGCGCCUUGGCCGUCUUGUCUUGGCUCCCCCGAGAUCGCUUGUGCUGGCCCUUCGAUCGGCGCGGACCGGUGGCGGGGGCGGUGUCGGCGGCGGUCACGCAUAUUCCCAAGACCCGUUCUUGCACAGCACCGGCGACUUCCCCCAUCUGCCGGAUUCCCCCUCGGGCGGGUCUCUCUCCGCUUCGGCCACCUCCUCCAUUCCCACCACGCCCAUGCUCAUCCAUCACCAGGCUCGGUACCGCCGGCGGCGGGUUUUCUCGCCGACCGUCAAAACAACCCUCCUCAUCCUGGUGGCUUCCUUCUCCUAUGGCCUGUAUCUCUUUGGAUCGCAGCUCUACUCCCGUCAAGUUUGGCGUUAG